GAAAGAGACACAGCAUUGAAGUCUCAUCACUGACUGGGUAAAAUGGAGUGGCCGUUGUUCACUGCACUCCCAACUGAUGAAACUACCACAAGAUUUCACAUCAACAUUAAUGUGGCCGGUGAGAGAAACUCUUCUUUCUGGAGAUUACACAGACGACUAUGGGACCUUCACUGAGACCCCAGGGGGGCUAUGUGACAAGAGCUGGGUGAGGGAGUUUCGGGGUCUCUACGAACCCCCGCUGUUCUGGCUCAUCUUCAUCUUGGGCGCUGUGGGCAACCUGAUGGUGGUCUUCAUUUUUACCACGGUGCGCCACCGCCUCAAGACCAUGACGGACGUCUACCUACUCAACCUGGCCGUGGCCGACCUUCUCUUCCUGGGCACGCUGCCUUUCUGGGCCGCCGACACCACCAAGGGCUGGAUAUUCGGCCUGAGCCUCUGUAAGCUCCUCUCAGCCAUCUAUAAGAUCAACUUCUUCAGCAGCAUGUUGCUGCUCACAUGUAUCAGCGUGGACCGCUAUGUGGCUAUCGUCCAGGUUACCAAGGCCCACAACCAGAAGAACAAGAGGCUGUCUGUCAGCAAGCUGACCUGCCUAGCUGUCUGGAUCAUCUCAGGCCUCCUGGCCCUGCCUGAGUUAAUCUUCGCCCAAGUCAAGCCUGACCAUAGGGGCAAUUCCUUCUGUGUCUUGGUCUACCCAAACAACCUCUUCAAUCGCACCAAGAUCCUGGUGCUCGUUCUGCAGAUCUGUGUGGGUUUUUGCCUGCCGCUGCUAGUCAUGGUGCUGUGCUACUCUGUCAUCGUCCGUACCCUGCUGCAGGCCAAGAGCUUCGAGAAGCACAAGGCACUCAGGGUCAUCUUCGCUGUGGUGGCUGUGUUUGUCCUCUCCCAGCUGCCGUACAAUGGGCUACUGGUGGUCGACGCCACGCAGGCCGCCGACACCACCAUCACGGACUGUGCUGUAUUGGAACUUUUCGAUGUCGCUGGUCAAAUUGCCAAGAGUCUGGCGUACACCCACGCCUGCAUUAACCCCUUUCUGUACGUGUUCAUUGGCGUUCGCUUCCAGAAGGAUCUGCUGAAGCUGUGCACCUGCGGCCUGAGCCAAGGAGGUGUCAGUAAGCUGCAGGCCGUCCCCAACCGCCCUUCUGUCAUGUCUGACACUGAGACUACCUGUGCCCUCGCCUUGUAAUCGUGCCCACUGAAGCCACACACACAUUCAACAUCACCUCAGAUCACAUAAUUUCAUUGGUAAACACCUCAUUCCACACCUUUCUUCUUCUAUGAUAUCAUAUGCUGCUUGGUGGGACACUCCCACCUGUUGCAUCCUGAGUACAUUGGUAUUUUACCAGUAUAGAAAUGUAAUUAAUUUACCCUGUGCUGACAAUCAAGAAACAUGCAAUACAUGAAAAGCAUACCAUUCUCUAAGACAUUGUAUUAAAGUGUAAAUUAUUGUAUAUAUACUGAACAAAAAAUAAACGCAACAUUC